CUCCGGUCCGUCUUCCAUGUUCUGCAGCCAACGCCACGAUGCAGCGGCGCUACACCACGGUCCCUGGGCGGCUGUGGCUCCCUCCGACGGGCUGCCUGUGCGUCCUGGUCCUCCUGGUGGUCCUGCUGGUCCUGGUCCCACCUGUAGCGCUGCACCCGCAGUGUCUGGACUUCAAGCCGCCCUUCCGCCCGCUCAGGGAGCUGCAGUUCUGCGUCAUGUACAAGGAGUUCGGUUGCUGUGAUUAUGAGAAAGACCAGAAGCUGAUGGCGAAAUACUACCAGAUCAUGGAGAACUUUGACUACUACGGAUACGCCAACUGCGCCUCGUCCGUCCUGGAGCUGCUCUGCCAGGAGUGUUCUCCAUAUGCAGCUCACCUCUUUGAUGCCGAGGACCCGAGCACCCCAGUCAGGACCAUCCCGGGCCUCUGUCCCGACUACUGUUCUCAGUUGUGGGGAAAGUGUCGCUUCGUCAUCCCUCUCUUAUCUGAUGACCCACACAUAGCAAAAGUCAAAGAAAACCAGACCCAUCUUUGCCAGCACCUGGCGCUCGAUGAUGUGGACUAUUGCUAUCCUCAUCUGCUCAGCAAUCAGAAGCUUACUCAGAACCUAGGCCGGGUUCAGUCGGACUCAGAUGGCUGUCUGCAGCUGUGCCUAGAAGAAGUGGCCAACGGGCUUCGCAAUCCGCUGGCCAUGGUGCAUGCCAAUGACGGCACACAUCGGUUCUUUGUGGCAGAACAGGUGGGCUUAGUGUGGACGUUCCUUCCAGACCGGUCCAAACUGGAGAGACCGUUUUUAAACAUUACCAAAGCGGUGCUAACGUCAUCAUGGGAGGGUGACGAGAGAGGCUUUCUGGGACUCACCUUUCACCCAAAAUACAAGUACAACGGGAAGCUGUAUGUGUAUUACUCAGUGGAGGUGGGCUUUGAUGAGCGGAUCAGGAUCAGUGAGUUCCAUGUGUCAGGCAGUGACAUGAACGUGGUGGACCACGCCUCUGAGCGAGUUAUUCUGGAGAUCGAUGAACCAGCAUCCAACCACAAUGGAGGACAGCUGCUGUUUGCAGAUGAUGGGUACUUGUACAUUUUCACCGGUGAUGGUGGAAUGGCAGGAGACCCAUUUGGGAAAUAUGGGAAUGCUCAGAACAAGUCAGCUCUCUUAGGUAAAGUUCUUCGCAUCGAUGUGGAUGACAACGAGAGAGGCCCACUGUACAGAAUCCCUCCAGAUAAUCCCUUCAUCCAUGAGUGGGGCACUCGGCCUGAGGUCUACGCUUAUGGUGUCCGCAACAUGUGGCGCUGCUCAGUGGACCGGGGGGAUCCUCGGAGCAAGGAGGGAAAAGGACGCAUCUUCUGUGGUGACGUCGGCCAGAACAAGUUUGAGGAAAUCGACAUUAUUGAGAGAGGUCGAAAUUAUGGCUGGAGAGCAAAGGAAGGCUUUUCCUGUUAUGAUAAGAAGCUGUGUGCCAACAGCUCCCUGGAUGAUGUCCUGCCUAUUUAUGCGUAUCCUCACAAGAUGGGCAAGUCGGUGACGGGCGGCUACGUGUACCGAGGCUGUGAAUAUCCCAACCUGAACGGCAUGUACAUAUUUGGAGACUUCAUGAGUGGGCGUCUGAUGAGUCUGCAGGAGGACAGAAGCACAAAGGAAUGGAGGUACCAUGAGAUCUGUAUGGGCCUGGGUCUGACCUGUGCCUUCCCUGGACUCAUCAACAACUAUCACCAGUACAUCAUCUCCUUCGCAGAGGAUGAAGCUGGUGAGCUUUACUUCAUGUCCACUGGAGAACCGAGUGCUACGUCACCUUCAGGAGUCAUUUACAAAGUGGUGGAUCCCUCCAGACGUGCUCCACCGAGACAGUGUCACUAUGAUCCUCUUCCUGUCAAAAUCAAAAGUAAUGUCAUCAGGUUUCUACCCCAGGAAACACUGAUUGGUGUUGAGCCACCAAAUAAAGAAAAGCUCGAGGCCCAACCCACAGAACCCUACGACUGGCUCCAGGAGCUCAUUGAUCGCCUCGGUGACCAAGGACCUAAAAGGACCACCGCUGCACCACCGACAACAACUACCAAACCCCACAGGACUCCAAGGCGGAAGGGCCGGCGCAGGAAGGGCAAAUCCAGAAUGGACAGUGCACCUGAGUUGCAGAACGGAGCGGUAAGACUGGCUGGGGACGAACGUGGCCGCAGUGACCGUGGACGGGUGGAGAUCUAUGUUCGCGGGCAGUGGGGUACCGUGUGUGACGACCUGUGGGCCAUGCAGAGUGCCAGAGUGGUUUGCCGGCAGCUGGGCUUCCGGUACGCACUGAAAGCAGCCAAGAACUCUGAGUUCGGUGAGGGGAAGGACCUGCAGAUUCUUCUGGAUGAUGUUCAGUGUGAAGGAACCGAGUCCAGCCUGCUCCACUGCCAACAUGCCGGCGUGGGGAUCCAUAACUGUGCCCACUAUGAAGAUGCUGGAGUGAUCUGUGGCAACGCCGACGAUGUUGUAGAAGUGUGACUACUAGUAAUGGUAGGGUUAAUAAUAACUGCUAAUAAUGAAGAGCAGGCCUGUGGAGCACAUUUAGAACAACACCAACAGGUGUUUAUGAUCAGUCCUCAGAGAGUUCUUCAUUGUCGUGAACAUGUUCAGACAGAUAACGUCACUGAGUCAGAGUUCACCCCUAAUCUACAAACAGCAGAAAUGUAAUCCAUAAUUUCAUUUUUAAUGAAAGUUUUAAAAUAAAAAUGUAAAUAACUUUGUUGUCUGAUGACCACAAUAAAACAGACUAAAGCGAUCUUGGAGAACACGCUGCAGCCACAGUCCUGUGUUCUGACUGGUGGUGGAUCGAAGCUUUUAUAAAACCUACAAGUGACUGCAACAACUCUCAGAGGUCUUAGAUGUUAUGUGAGCUCAGAGGAAUAAAGACGAUCCUUUAACUGAA